UGCAUUUCAUUACUGCCCUGUGACACUGGAGAAGCCACGGCUGCAGUGGCAAUAUUCCUCGUUUGUGUCACACAGAGAAUUUAUUUGCAAGAAGAGUACUGCUCCAAAGUGAAAAUGAAUAGCCAAUAUAUGCGUCAUGAAGUGCGGGGCUGUGAGACCAGCGACCUGAGGAACUUCUGGGAAAAAACCAUCGAACAGCAAACUCAGUAUCUGCAAAAUGAGAAGGAGCGUCAGCGGAGAAGCGCUCUGACAAAGCUCAGAAAUGAAUGGAUGGAGAGACUGGAAAAACGGAUAAAGAUGUUGAGGACCCAAUCUGAAGACUCAUCCAGCUGAAGAGCCCACUCUCAUUACACAUUUGGGGGAAAAUAAAUCUGUUUUGUAGGAAAGUAUGAUGUAAAAGCCGAAAUCAAUUUUACUCUGUAGCUUAAAUGAGUUAUCAUUAAUUAGCUGUCAUUGUUUGAAGUUACAUAUGUGAAAUGUCAGUUGUUGCUUUUAAGAUUAUGCAUCUGUCCCUUCAUUUGAUAAAUGGUGAAUGUAACACUCUGAAAUAUUUAACCCUAAUAAAUCAUGGUUCACUGAGA